AUGAGUGUGGUUGGGUUUGAUAUUGGUAAUGAAAACUGUGUUAUUGCUGUGGUGAAACAACGGGGAGUUGAUGUGUUGUUGAAUGAUGAAUCAAAACGUGAAACCCUGGCUGUGAAUUUUAAGGAUCCUGAGGUUCAAAAUGAGCUGAAGAUGUUACCAUUUGAAACUUCUGAAGGGAAGGACGGAGGCAUUUUGAUUCACUUGAAAUAUUUGGGCGAGACACAUACAUUUACCCCGGUUCAGAUAUUGGCAAUGCUGUUUUCAGAUCUGAAAGAUAUAGCAGAGAAAAAUUUUGAAAUUCAUGUCACCGAUCGUGUGAUCGGGGUACCAUCAUAUUUCACAGACUUGCAGAGACGGGCAUAUUUGGAUGCUGCAACCAUUGCUGGGUUGAAGCCUCUGAGAUUGAUGCAUGACUGUGCUGCAAUUUCAAGGAGUUAUCAAUGGUUGGCGAAGGGAUUCUUGAUUAGUGCAUUUGGAUUUGGGAUGUUAGAGGAGAAUGGAGAAAUUCUUGUGACCCACAAGAGUACUACAGAUCCAUCUAGCAAGUGGGAAAUCGAGAAAUUUGGGGAGGAUGCUGGGCUGACUGAUAUUUUGCAUCCCAUGUGCUUCUAA